GGUCAGGAUAGGGUCACCCUCAACCAACCUCAUCAGUCUCGUUAUCAGUGUCGCUCAUCGGGCACGACAGACGACGCCAGUGCCAGCGGAUGUGAUAUCGUAAUAGGAUGUGUGACGUACAACAGGGAGAAGGUUUGUCGCGAUCUACCGAAACCGAGGUUUAGUCUUGUUUUACUCGUUGCUGUAACAGCUACCCGUCGACGCUGGACAAUCAUGGAGUCAGUUUUGAAGGUCGCGAUCGUGGUGGUUGUUCUUCUCGCGGCAUCCUGCGAAGCGUCGUCUGCACACCGCUGUCUCGCCGGUUCGGAACCGUUCGUCUGCAUCCUUCCGAAGUUCGAUUACGAGGCGGGAGAAGCUAUUCCGCUGUUUGAACUUCCACCGGACGCGAAAUCCGUACGGUUUGUCGAGCCGUUCUAUAAUGUGCACGAUAGUCAAAACAUUAUCCACACGUACGAUCGCGUACUGCACCGACAGCUAAACUCACCGCAAGCCGUCGAACUGACCGGUAGCUACACGCUGGUUGUGGAGAUCCCAGAAAACCUGGAGUAUGGAGAUUUCUCCGACAACUCCCUCGAUCGCUUGCACGUGCCCGUGAAUCAAUCGUACGCCUUGCGCUAUCUGGAUGUGAACAGCAACUAUCGGCUCAAGAUCCAGAACAUUAGCCGGCUCGUCAAUCUGGAAACGUUGCAUCUGUCCACCUGCAACAUCGAUGCACUGCCGGCCAAUAUGUUCGAAAAUCUGAACCGGCUAGCGCAUCUGACGCUCGCCGCCAACAGCAUACACACGGUUGACCUGGACUGGUUUCCGAUGAGCCUCAGGCUGCUAAGGUUGGAUCAUAACUUAUUGUCCGAGUUUCACUUUUCCGGAACGACGCGGCUCCCGCUGCUGGAAGAUCUCAACAUCGAGUACAACGAUCUGACCGAGCUGAACAUUCGUGCGCUCGUGGAAACGGCGCCAAAGCUGCGACUCUUCUCGAUCGGUCGAAAUCCACUGAAGCUAGCCGUCCUGCGCGGUAUCGUAGAUGAGCUGAACCAGCGGAACAUUGCGUACUACAACAUGGAGGAAACGCGGGACCGAGAUUGUACCGACGGUGAACGUUACUUCCGUGGCGCUUGCGUACCGGCAUCCGUGUUCUCGCUGAGCUGGGUCGAGUGGGCCCAAAUAGUGCUGUUCGUUUGUUUGUUGGUGACGUUGGUGGUUGGUAUUGCGUUUGGGACAGUUUACUUGCGGAAGCGGUUCUACGCUAGUUAAAGUGCGCUUGAAGGUUGUUGUGAGCAGUGGAAUUACUUUUGGGUCGAGGGUCAGAUUUCAUACAAUAUACUAACUUCAAGGAACGGUUCUUUCU